AUGCAUCUCGAACACCAGUCAAAUGGGGUGUGUAAGUCGCCAGAUCCCGCAUCACAGACAGGAGGCGAAGGAGACAAGAACACGGUGCGCUCGCUGCGGAGGAAGCCGAAAGGGCAGGGAGAGACACCAGAACGAUUUGCUCUCCCCAGACUCAAUGGCCAUGACUUGUUCGAGGUCACCAUCUCGGAGCUCCAGCGGCACUACACAGAGGGCCACUUCACCGCGACCGACUACGUCUCGCACUGCCUCAAUUACCUCUUGAUCGUUAACCCCUACAUCGAGGCAGUGAUUGAGAUGAAUCCCGAUGCCAUCUCAAUAGCCGAGAAACUCGACCAAGAGCGAUCAAAUGGCCAUAUCCGCGGUCCCAUGCAUGGCGUCCCAGUCCUGGUCAAGGACACCAUGGCCACCAAGGACAAGAUGCAGACGACGGCAGGGUCGUGGGCACUACUAGGCAGCAUCGUCCCCAGGGAUGCAUUCGUGGUCAAGAGGUUGCGCGACGCUGGCGCGAUCAUCCUCGGCCAUUCGAACAUGAGCGAGUGGUCAUGUUUGAGGUCAAAGAGCUUCUCCAAUGGGUACAGCCCCCGUGGCGGACAGUGCCGGAACCCGUAUAACCUCAAGAGAAGCCCGGCUGGCUCAAGCUCCGGCUCCGCAGCCGCAGUGUCAGCUAACAUUGUCCCGCUGGCGCUCGGAGCCGAGACUGACACGUCCAUCAUUGGGCCCGCGGGCAUGAACGGUGUUGUGGGAAUCAAGCCGACCGUCGGCCUCACCUCGCGUUCUGGAGUCAUCCCCAUUAGCAUCAAUCUCGACUCUGUCGGCCCGCUGGGCCGAACCGUCUCGGAUGCCGUCGCUGGAUUGGAUGUAAUGGCUGCUCCCGAUGAGGAAGACUCUUUCACCACGGUCCCCGAGCGAACGCAGCCCAAGUCCUACCUGUCCUACAUCUCGACCAUGGACGUCUUGAAAGGUGCGCGCUUUGGCCUGCCUCUCAAGGGCUGCUGGAACCUGGUCGACCCUGCCGGCAAGAAAGUGGCCGCCUCGGUGCUGGACGCGAUGAAGCGAGCCGGGGCCGAAAUUGUCGAAGUCGACUUCCCCAGUGUUGAGGAGCGGGUCAACGAGGAGGCCGGCUGGAACUGGGAGCACGGCGAGCCUUCCACGUCCGAGUGGACCGUCACCAAGAUCGACGCCUACAACGACAUGAACAAAUACUUUGCUACACUCGAGGGCGGCGUGGUGCACUCGGUCGAGGACCUGAUCCAAUACAACAAGGACAACAGCGGCACAGAGGGUGCCGGGCCCGGAGAUGUACCCGCGUUCAUGGACGGCCAGACCAACUUGGAGGAAAUCGCCCAGAGCAAGGGCAUCAAGGACGAGACUUACUACGCCGCGCUCAAGCACAUCCGCUCUCAGACGCGCGAGAACGGAAUCGACGCGGCCUUGACCUACAGGGAUCCCGAGACGGGCGAGACGUCCCAGCUGGACGCGCUCAUCUUCUGCGACCGCGCGGGGAUCGGCCAGCAGUACGCCGCACAGGCCGGGUAUCCAGUCAUGUGCAUCCCGAUCGGCGUCGACGACGAUAUGAUGCCUGUCAGCCUGUCGGUGCAGCACUCGGCCUGGCGCGAGCCGGAUAUUAUCAAAUGGGCGAGCGCCAUUGAGGACCUGUGGAAUAGGGAGAAGGGGUGGCGGACGACUCCGACUUUUAAGAACCUGCAUGCAAAGAACAUUCCGGUGCUCAAGGUCUAG